AUGGCGAUCGCGCGCGGCGAAGACGCGACGCGAACGGUGACGGUGGCGCGGACGGUGACGCGCGCGCACGCGACGACGGCGCCGACGAUUCCGUCUAAACCGAGCCAGCCGGUGCAGACGAAACGGCCGGGGAAGCUGCCGAGCGACGCGGCGCACACGGCGAAGUGGCUGGAUUCGAGCGCGAAGCCGAGCCCGAUGGAGUACAGCGCGAGCGCGGAACCGGUGGGGGUGCCGGGAGAUAAGGUGAGCUGUGAUUCCCCGGGGGCGUGUAAGGAUCGGUUUGGUGACGCCACGGGGGGGCUGGGGGCGCCGAAUACGUACUAUAAGUUGAACGAUACCUCGCCCGAGUCGCCGGCGAAGUGCAAGUAUUGCGGGCUGCGCUUCUACUCGCUCGGCGGACAUCACUGA